AUGGUAGAAAGAACGAAUUCUAGUCAACGCACAUCUUCACUCUCAUCUCGAAGUUUCAUACUCAGCUCAGUUGAUGACGACGAACGAAACUUCAAGGAAGAUGAAUCGGGCGAGACGUCUACUAUGACGAAAUCUGACGAUAUUCAUACAGCUAAGCUACCACAUUUUCCGUUGUUCUCGUUUAAGUCAACUCGAUUAUGGAUUUGCAUAUUGUUGACAGCAGGACUUUACGCGACUGUGUCUAUGAGACUGAUUCUAAGCAUGGCAGUCGUUUGUAUGGUAAAUUCAACGGCAUUUCCAUCCGAGAAACCGAUAAAUAGUGUUCUUACCGGAACAGCAUCCACGAAAUGCGAACCGCUUAAUUACGAUCUCGAGACGGCUGUUGAUGCUGGUUAUACGGGUGAUUUGUUAUGGAGUCCAGCUAUGCAAUCUAUACUAUUCUCGGCUACAUUCUACGGUGCUAUGGUGACAAUUCCUUUCGCUGGAACAUUAGCAGAUAGAUAUGGAGCAAAGUGUCAUGUCUUUAUAAUCUUCUUUACAGCUGCCACAUGUGACUACAUCAUCGUAACUUUGUUGACACCAUUUCUUGCCCAGUGGUCAUUUUACGCUUAUUUCAUUUCACGAGUAAUUAUGGGUAUUGGAGAGGGUUUUAUUUUUCCUUGUUUUGGAUGUAUUGUUGGGAAAUGGUUCACGAAAACAGAAAAGUCAACGGUAGCUGCAAUGUAUACUUCUGGUAAUCAGUUGGCUGCAGGUUUUUCUACACUCAUUUCUUCGUUUCUGUGUACCCUCGAUCCAGGUUGGCCAAUAAUAUUCUACAUAUUCGGUGCUGUGGGUUUUAUAUGGUGUGUACUCUGGUGUGUAUAUGCUACGAAUUCACCAUAUGCUAAUAAGUUUAUUUCGAAAGAAGAAUGUUCAUACCUCGCAGAGCAUAUAGAACAUGUGAAAGCUAAGUGUAGUGGACCGGUUCCAUGGCGAGAUAUGCUCACAUCUCGUCCAUUAAUAGCUGCAGUGCUCUGUCAGUACACUUAUAACCUUCAAGCAUCGAUAUUACAAGCCUUUUUACCAACAUUUCUUAAGGAAGAGCUCAUGCUCCCACUCCAUCGUAAUGGAAUAUUUACAAUGGUCCCAUUUACCGCCCAACUAAUCUCGAAGAAUAUUCUUGGAAUUUUUGCGGACUACCUCAAAGAACACAAAAUUGUUGGGCAUACAAAAUGUGCAAAGAUUUUCCAGAGUGUUGGUUCAUUUGGCUCAGCUACAAUGCUAGUCGCAGUGGCUGUUCUGCCGAGCUGUGAUAAUCCUAACAUUGCUCUUCCAUUGUUAGCUUUAUAUGGUACAUCAUAUGUUCAUCAACAUUCUAUUCCAGGCAUGUUUUUCUCUGCUGGUAUUUGUGGAUUCUUCACAUGUGUGUUGUGUAUCGCGCCAUCGUUUUCCGGAACAACUACCUCCAUCUCUAUGAUAUUCGGCGUAAUCGGAAAUAUAUCCGGUCCCAUGAUGUUGGGCAUUGUUUCUAAAAUGGGUGUCAGUAAUAAAUGGGUUGCCUCAUUUAUGGUUUGCAGCGGCUUUAAUGUCAUUUCGGGAAUAAUCUUCUUAAUUUUCGGUUCAGGUUAG